AUGACUCUCCCAUCAAUUAUUUCAAAAGAUCCUCUAGCCCCAAUUUCUAGAAAGUCAAAGACAAGUGGAGGUGGCAACACAAAAGUAUUACAAGCUUUUGAUGAUUCAAAUGGUGGAAGUGGUGGUGGUGGAAGUGACACAGGUUCUGGAUCAAGAAGAAAGAUACAAGGACAUCAAAAACCUGCUUCAGCUCCAAGAUUACUUUCAGGACCACAGAGUAACAAUUAUAAUCCAUAUGCAGGUCAAAUGAACACUGGAUCAUAUACUUUUAAUCCAUAA